AUGGGUACAAGCCGCUCUCCCACUCCACUUUCCUCCAGCACCUUCGCUCGGCUCUCUCUUGACUCAGGCUGGACAUGUCCCAAUAUGCAGGGCACUCUUUCCAUUGAGGAGCAGCCACUUGGGCUGUGUCACAGGGCAUUGACACAGAUACCAUCAAGCUUCUUGGGCACUGGAACUCAGACUGCUAUCAUCGAUAUGUUGACCAAUUGGCAUCUGAGCAGCACACCAUGGUUGCCAUGGCCCUUUACUCAUCCUGGCAGGGACCCCUUGUCCCUCCCAGUCCUUCUUGGCAGGACCUGGUCCUCUGAACUUGACCUUGGUGGGGCCCCUGGCCCCUCUGCCAUGACCGCUGACUGCUGUGCAGGUGACACUGCAGCUGUUGGUGGGCUGGGAGCCUCCUUGUCGAGCUUCGAGGACCUCAUGGGUCUUUGCCUGCAAUCUACUUAG